AUGCUGAACCACAGCGAAUCCAGUCUAAACUCCACCAGCUGGACUACAGCUAACCUGGUCAGCGGUGGUCUGAUGGGUCUCUUCUUCGUGGUUGGAGUCCCUGGUAAUAUUGCAGUAAUUGUUUUCAUACUUCAUCAUUUCAAAAAGGACAAUUUCACCGUUCAUCUGAUGCUGAAUCUGGCAGCUGCGGACAUCUUGUGUUUGAUAACCCUGCCUGUGUGGAUCUACAGUGAGCUAGAGAGCAUUGACAAAGUAACCUGCAAGUUUUUCACAGCACUCGUCUACUACAGUGCAUACUCAAGUGUGAUAACAGUAACUGUGCUGAGUGUGUAUCGUUGUUUACGGAUUCGACAUCCACAGUUGUGGUCUAGAAUGAGCAAGAGAAGAGAGAGGGCACUGCUGAUCAGUGGUUGGGCUCUGGCGCUGCUUUUCUCUUGUCCUGGUGUACUUGCACAAGAGAUCAUUCAAAGUGGAUCCAAAAUGGAGUGUGAAAGAAACCUGGAGUCAAAAGACAGUCGUAUUGUUGCUCUACUGGAGUCAUUGCUUGGAUUUUUUCUUCCUUUCACAAUCAUGCUGACUUCAUAUUAUUGCUUAUACAAAACAGCCACACAGGGAGCAUUCAGAUGCAGACACAGACCGACUAAACUGGUCACACGGAUUGUCAUAGUUUUCUUCAUUUUUUGGGCUCCACACCAAAUAAUUAAAUUAGAGGAAAUCUGUGCAAAAUUUGUAGGAUCAGAGCCAAUUCUAUCUCUUGUCAGUGACAUUGCUGGAAGUCUUACAUUCAUCAACAGUUGUGUGAAUCCAUUCCUCUAUGCUUUUUCCUCAAGGAGUUUACAUAAACGCUAA